GUCCUAACCAAAUCCCGAGAAAAGAAAAUUUGCAUGCAAAGAUUGCCAUCAGGUAGAUAUGACAUAGAUCUAGGUGUCCUUACACCUACUGCUCAUUAUUAACAAACUACUAUUUUAGAGGAGCUUUAGGUAGUAUCUUGUCAUAGUCAAGCAUGGGUAGUUACACUGGGUAGACGUUUUUCCCUCGCGUAGAUUUCUUGGCGUAUUAGAUGGGAUAUGUCCUUCCCCGGUUUUGACUUCGUUGGAUGCACUUUGGUAUUGUAUUCAGCACAGAUGCUGACAGCAUUAGAUAACCAUUAAAUUAAUAUUGUGAGAUUCUUGUAAACAAUGGUUCAGCAGGUGUAUCAGCAGCAAUGAGCAUGCAGUGCAGUGGUGUCAGAGACUAUGUAAAAAUCGGGUACAUGGCUUCUGAAGCUUUCAGUCCAUGUGAUAUGUUAUGCCUAAUCAAGUGGAACCCGUGUAGGACAGUUUCCUAUGUAUAAUAUUAUAUUUAAAACUCUAAGCCAUAGGGGCUUACCUAUCUCUGUAUUACCAAAACCAUGAAAAAGUCCAGUGAAUCUUCAGAUUCCUCAAAGUCACCCAAGGUCACAACUUAUCUUGAUAUAUGUGGGAAACACAGGAAGCAGGUUGAAUUGAAUCGCUUGACGAAAGAAAUUUCAUUGCUAGAAGAGGAGCUAAAGACACUUGAAGGUCUUCCCCCUGCUUCCAAAUGUUGUACAGAGGUUGUAGAAUUUGUGGGGAAACACUCAGACCCUUUCCUUCCAUUUACAAUCAUCAAAAGGGUCAUCCAAGUCGAUGGCAUCAUUAGAAGGACCGUCCACCUUUUUGGUUGAAGACGAAGGUUGUUCCAAAUGAAGACAAGGUCAUUAAUGUGCUCCUAGUGUUAAUAAAGGCCAGUCAAUAUCAUCAUGGGAUCGAUGGUUUAAAGAGCACUCAACUGAUUCAGAAUGCAGUUGCUGCUGUUCUUGUAGGUGGUUGAAAAUAUGGAAAUUUUCAAGUUGGAAAAGGUUUACUUGUUGGAGACCAACUUUCAGACGACUUUGUCCUUUUAUUCCAAGUUUCUCCUGUUGUAAAUUUUAUUCCAUUAAACAUCAUUGUACUAGAUGUAUAAAUUGUUGUAAUGUAUGUAAAAAGGAGUAAUCGUUGUUGGCGACUCGACUGGCAUAUCAAUUGGUUAUGGUACUGAAAUAUAUGAAAUGGGCAUAUUGAAUGUUGUAUAGUUAAAACAUUUUGGGUUGAAGCUCCAUUCAUUAAACAUCUUGUGAAGUGCUACAGAAGCUACACUCAACCAAGUGGGUCACAUCUGAGUUCUGUUGUGGGGUCCUCACAUAUUCUUGAUAUGUUGAAUGAAUCCAUCCUCUUAUAAAUUAGACAACUUCAUACUACAAGCUGGGUUUUUGUGCUUCCUGGUCCAUUGUAGAGAAUCUUUUCUUUAUAUAAUUGAGAAAUUGCUUUGCAUUGACUGGAUCGUUAUCUUUAGACGAUGAAAAAUAGUUUGAAAUGACCAGUUGCAGUCAUUAAGAUGUAAGAAAUUGAUACUUAACAGGCCUUUCAAUGAUUUUUAUCAAUUUUUUCU